AUAACAGUUCGGUUUGAAAAUGUUUAGAGUGUUUCAGUUAGUUCUCGUUAUGCGAUAGAACCGCGGACGGUUGGUUUUUGUUGUUUAAAAAUUUUUCUUCUUCGUGUUUGCCGUCUUUUCUCAUCAAUAAAAAGUUGUAUUUCGUUUCAUAAAUUGAUUGGACUUUUAUCGAAUUAAAUUGAACGAGUCGAUUAUUAUUGGGCCGUAUUAAGUGAAUCUUGAAGAACACCACGUCUUUGUUGAGUUAUAAGUUUCGUGUUAUCGAAAACAGUGUGUUUUUUUCUGGUGAUGAUGAGGUUUUUUGUUUGUUAACAAGAGGGUGUAACAACAUCGCUCUGAGAUGCGAAUUGUGUGAAAAUAAUUAAGUGUAACGUGAUAGUAGGAUUAUGAGUUGAAUAUUAAAUUUGCUUUACUGUUAGUCUUAAUUGGUGUCAAUUUGAAAGGUUAAAGUACCUCUUCAUACAACGAACGUGUUCACAUCUUCUUCAUUUUCAAACUUAUUGUUGCCUCAUCUUAUAUGUGUGACUAUUGAUGAUGAUUACACCUUACAACUUGAUAAUUAGACACGUAUCAUCAUCAUCUUUAUAAAAAUUAUUUAAGAAAAAAAUGCGACCAUCGCUAUGUGAUUCUGAACGGAAUUAAAUGGUGUGCAAUUUUCAUCACUAUUGUAUUGCUGUAAUAUUGAUCAAAAUAUGGAGAAUAAAUACAAAAUACCAUAAUGGAAUUUAACUGGAUCGUCAGGACAUAUUCAUCAAAGACCUUGCCAACAAAUCCAACACUUGUUGUCUUUUUCGGAUUACUGUGCUUGCAAUGCUGCUACAAUGUGGCUGGAAAUUUAACCGUUUCAUAUAGUACAGAUUGCGUGAGCGAACCGGGAUGUCUAAAGUGCAACACAAAGGGAUGCAUCAAAUGUCCACAUUACAUAACAUUUGACGAACAUAAAUGUGUUCCAGAAUGUCCUAACGGAUACAUAGAAGAAUGGUCCACCGUUCCGGAAUUGAUGGGACGCGUUUGCCGACCUAGUGGAUAUUCAGAUCCAAUGACUGCAACGAUAGUUGGCUUAACAGCUGGUGCUGUAGUUUGCUUUGCGAUACUGAUACUGGGUAUCGUCAUUAUGAAACGAAAGCAACGACGAAAGUUGAUACGUGAUACACUCAUCGAUGAUUCGAUUGAACGAGAAGAUUUUUUAAAGCAACUCGAAGAAUUACGACCGAACGCCGAAUUCUUUUUGGCAAUGCUAAACGACACAAGAAAACAAAUCCGAAAACUGUAUUUAUCCGGCGAGCACGUUGCUGCCAAUUCGUAUAGACCAAUUGUGCGAGACCUAGCCAAAAUUUUAAUUUUAGUUAAUCGACCCAUAGAACUUAUAGCUAGGCCACCACAUGACUGGCACCGUGUGUUCAUAUGGUCUCUGCGUAUUUUAGAUAGAUAUAAACCACAAGUAGCACAAUUAAUAGAUUUUCUCCAAACACCAUCACCGACAAUAUCGGAUCCGCGGAUCGGAUCGUCUCAGUAUUCCACAUUCAAAUCAACCAAUACGGCGACCACCGCCAUGAGCAGUGACACAAAGAAUCUUCAUCAAAUGCAAAUAUUUGGUUCGUUAAUUAGUCUACACGAAUUUGAAGAGCCACGAUCGUCGAAUCCAUUUAAACGAAAUUCGUGCAGUACGCUGAAGAGUGUAAAUAAUUAUCCAUCGUCUGAUAUACACGGCAGUUCGGUGUGGUUAGAAGACGAAUUUUUUAAAUUGGGAUUUCGACCUCAAGAUGAAAUAACGACGGAAUUGUGAACUGAGCAAUUAACAAAAUUUAAUUUGGGUGUGUGAGUCCAUUUUGAGUUUUUGUUAAUUGAACGAAUUUGGAGAAUAAAAAUGAAAUGAAACAGAAACAAUUGAACUAAUUAUUGUCACAAAACGCAAUAUUUAGGUGCUAAUGAUAUGGCAAGUAGUAAACUUUGCUGUAACUCAA